GCGGAAGUUAGUUCAAUCACUGUCGUCCACUGACCACUGAGUGGCCCGUCUCUCUGGCUUGCCUAGUGAGUGAUGACCGGUGAGUGGUGCGUGAUGGUCGUCGAUCCCCCUUCCCACGUCCGGAGCACACAGAUUUCAUUUCCCCCUCGUUCCCAGUUCAUGUUUCUUCCUCUUAUCUGGGAUCUGGUGAUCUGGGAUCGGACAUUAUUUGCGGGAUACACCAUUAUGGGUUAUUAUUAUUACUCCUCAACUUCUCGUUCAUUUUGGAUUCCCUAACUUCGGAUAACACUUCUAGUAUCUUAUAUCCACCAUCGGAGGAAUUCCGCUUCUUUCUCCCCCAUGGUGAUCCGACCCACCCUUUAGUCUCUAUCAUCUAUGAACCCGUCGACUCCUUUGCCUUCACGUCCACAGUGUUGGCGCUGAUUUCGUGACAAAUACCUGCAUUUAUUUCAUUUAUUUCCCGUGUCCUCGAGCUACCAUGUCCCUUACGGUGAAGGCGUUGAACGGCGACACUUCCUUCCUCCUCACCUUCGCACCUCCAAUCGCUUCCGACGACCUCUCCGACCCGGGCCAGUUCCCUGGCAGCUACACGAUCCUGAUCGAUCCUUGGUUAACAGGUUCGGCCGACAUCAUCUCCUCCAGGUUCUCCUCUUGCAACCAUGUCCCUCCCUUUCCCACUGCGUCUCUCGCCGAGCUCCCGGAACCCGAUAUGAUCAUCAUCUCUCAAGACAAACCGGACCAUUGUCAUGAGGAGACCUUGUGCCAACUGUCGCCCCAUAUUACAUCGGCGAUUCUCGCGGCUCCAGCGGCUGCGCGGAAGAUUCGAAGUUGGCAGCAUUUCGAUUCGGGUCGAAUUGAGUCGUUGCAGAAGUACAAUCCAGCGCGACCCGCCACCCUAUAUCGCCUGGAGAUCCCCUCGUUCUCGCCUUCCGGGGAAUCAGGCGAAGUCACGGUGGCUUUCAUGCCUUCGAAAAGAGACAUGACCGGCGUACACAAUACCGUUGGCAUCACUUAUCGACCACCGAGCAGCGUGUUGUCCACCACGCAAAAGGCAACCUAUCAUAGUAUCCUUCCCACCCCUCCACACUCCCCGUCUAUGACGACCCUCUCCGCCUCUGUUGGUGCUACCCCCGUCCCAUUUUCCCCAUCGUCGGUGUCAUUCCCCCCAUCCCCAGGGGUAUAUCACCGACCGUCGACAGCGCAUUCUCUCAACGCUCCGCUGUCCCCUCUUACCUCGCUUCCGAUGUCCCCAUCGCGUCCAACAACCUCACAAUCUCAACGAUCGGUCCCGAUCUCGUUCAGCCAGCUAUCCGACGUGCCCCCCGUCCCACCACUUCCACCUGCGUAUGCCUCCUCGGCACAUCAAGUUUCUUCCCUCCAGCUUCACUCGUCGACAAUCGCCACCGAACGCGUCCUUUCGGUGCUCUACUCGCCUCAUGGCUUCCUACCGACCGCGAGCUCGAACCACCUCUCGUCCUACCUGACUCCUCUCCUGCGCGCAUAUGCAACAUCACAUCUGAUGCCGUUGGCAGCCCUCCCCUUAACCUGCCUCAUACACCCUUUCAACGACGUCAAGGUGCCCUGGUACAAAGGAGGUAUCGUUUCGGCAGGCGCUCCAAGUGGCUGGGAAGUGAUCCGCGGUGUAGGCGCCAGAAGCUGGAUCAGUGCGCAUGACGGAGACAAAGAUGUCCGAGGAUGGGGAGUUCGUGGCAUGAAAACCAAAGUGUACGCCGUCGACGAAGUUGUUCGGGGACUCGGCGGUGCCGGCGUCUUGGGCUGCGAGUACUCCAAGGAGAAGCGGGACUCCGGUACCGCCAGUGCCACAGCGGACAGUCCCACCGCCGGCGCGCAGGACGAGCGACCACCGCGCGUCAGUGCGAGCGACACUGGCGCAUCAACGAGUACCCCGGGAAGCGGCAUAAGCGAGGCGGGGAGAAGCACGAGCGAGAGAAGCGAAGGAAGUAGCAUGAAGAUGCCAUUACCACGCACCGUUUUGGCUCGCAGGCCUAGUCUGGAGCUAGGCGCGUUGGGGAAGACGAAGCGCUCCGUGACGGAGGUAUUGAAGCUGGGUGCCGGGAAGGUUUACCGGACGCACGUCGACUGAUGCAGUUUGGGAUGGUCUUACAGGUAUAUCGAGCGAGGUGUCUCGGAUCACUUAUGCCUCGAUCCAGGAGUCUCGGCGUUCAAUGGUCCGCCGUCAAUAGUGACGGACCGGUGGCUUUUAUUGUAGAUCCUUUUCCAUUUAGCGUAGAGCGUCGGAGUCUCGGAAGGCCUAUUGGCCUGUUGAAGCGCUGCGCAUAGCACAAGUGUAAUGUUAGAAGUUGGUAUCUCGUGGUAAAAUGCACACUCUCGGGUAUCGAAUUCCAAGGCUCAAACCCCAAAAACUCCCCCACGUAUCGUGGUUCAUU